AUGGCUACCCCCAGUGUCCUCACCUUUGAUGCUGAAGGUCAUGCUUUUGACUUCGAGGUCUGGGUCGAUGACCUCCAGCUCUUCCUACAGUGCGAUAGGGCAGAUGGACUCUCCCUGUUCGAUCUCACCUCUGGUGCCUCUCCUGCCUCGCCUGCUGAUGCUGACAGCACUGUUCGCUCACACUGGGCCACCCGCGAUGCUGCAGCCCGUCUUGCUGUGCAUCGCCACUUACCGACCGCUGAGCGUGCGCACUUUAGUCAGUACAAGAGUGUUAAGACCUUGUAUGAAGCUGUAGUUGCACGCUACUCUUCCCCUGCCACUGCUGCCCUUAGCCGCCUCAUGCUGCCGUACCUGUUCCCUGACCUCGUCGCCUUUCCCACUGUUGCUGGCCUCAUUAAGCACCUUCGCACUAGUGACACCCGCUACCGAGCUGCUCUUCCUGCUGAGGACCACUUCCUCUCUGUUUGCCCCACCACACUCACCGUUGACCUCCUCGAGGAGCGCCUCCUGGCAGCUGAGAAGAGUAUAGUUGCUGUAGGAGCCUCUCGUGGUGACCCUCGUGCCCCCUUCUUUGAGGGGUGCUCCCCCUCCCCCGUGUUGCCCUGUGUUGCCUCUGCUGCUGCCGUCGACCUCGUUGGCUUUGAGUCAGUCGGAGCUGCGUCUGCCCAUAGCGGGCGACGCUGCACCAGCAAGGGCGAGGGGGGCAAGGGCGCUGGAGGGGCUAGCGGGGGCGGUGGAGGUGGAGGUGGAGGAGGCGGAGGGAGUGGGGAUGGUGGUGGGAGUGGUGGCGGAGGCAUUGAGGCUGCUGCUCUAGGUGCUGGUGAGGCAGCUGCUCUAGGUGCUUGUGCGUCUGCUGCCCCAGGUGCCGGUGAGUCUGCUCUCUCAGGUACCACGUCGGCUCAGGCCUUACACACCUUCACCCUUGACUCGGGUGCUUCCCGCUCCUUCUUUCGACAUCGCACCACGCUUACGCCGCUUAGUUGGCCGGUUGCAGUCUCCCUGGCGGACCCCUCUGGGGGUCCUGUCCUUGCUCACUUCUCCGCUGUCUUACCGUGUCCGGCAGCCCCCUCUGCCACCCUGUUUAGAUGGGGGGGUUGA